CAUUACUCAGCACUGUUCACAGGUUUCUAAUGUUAUUUAACCAUCCUCACCUGCAUUACCUCCAGUGUCCAGCAGUGGACAGAGAGCAGGCCGACAUUUUAAAAGUGACCUGGUUUGGGGAGCAAUUAGCAGAUAUUGGCAGCUGGUGUGAUUUUGUUCCUGUGAACAGCAGUGUCGUGGUCGCACAGGUGUGUGCAGCAGUAAUUCCUCAGCCUAAUCUGGGAUUCCUCUGACAGCUGUGACCUGAGGCAGAAGACCUGACCUGCAUUAAACAGGGUGUCCUGGUAGCAGUCUGAAGGGCUUCACAAUGAUGCAGGAUAAGAAUGAUGGGAUAAAUAAAGACAUUUAUCCAGUUCAAGGGAUCAGACCUGCUAAAAAGAUGAUGUUCGUGGCUCCCUGUCUGGCCAAGGUCAGACCCACCCUGGGUCAAUGCUGCCACCAGUGCACUCCAGACAGAAUGUACAAUAAACUUGGACAAAGCUCCUCUCUGGGUUUCCGUGACCUGCUCAGCGUCAACGAAACACAGACAAGGUACAGAGGCUGCCUGGCGAAAAGAUUUUGCUAUGCUCUGUUUGUCAGCGGUUGCGAGGUUUAUGCCAGCCCUGUUAGCAACAGAGUGGAGAGAGUCUGUCAGAGCAACAGUGUGGAGGAGGUACUUUUAGCCGAGGAAAACAAACCUGAGGGUCAACGCGGCCGAGGGCAAAUCGGUCGCCUCGCACCAUUCCUUCCCCUCAUUAAGACCUGCAUCUCCCCCAGCCAUUUGAGGUUCAUGGCUUGGGUGAUGCUAAAGAUGUUCUCUUCUCUCUUUGAAAGCAUUGUGGUCAAGCAGAACCAUUUAGCAGCUCUACAAAAAGUCUCUAAAGAGGGAUCUCUGCUGGUUUACAUUUAUGUGCGUCAGAGUGUCGUGGACUGUGCUCUCAUCCCUCUGGUGCUAUUCUGUCACAGUCUGAAAGUCCCGUACACUCUGUGUCCUCCACAGUUUUACAUCUCCCCCCUAAGAUCAGUCCUGCAGAAAGUAGGUGUUUUGCUUCUACCGUCAGCAGCUGAGACACAGCAGGAAGCUGAGAUGGACAGUCUGUACUCACUGGUCAUGAAGUCUCUGGUAUGUGAGCUGUUACAUGAAGGCCAGGCCCUGAGUGUUGGUGUAUCGGCACUGAGCGGCCAAGGUGGUCAGUGGCUGGCUCACAUCACACAGCUCAUCAAAGAGGGAUCUGUCCCUGACGUCAACCUUGUCCCUGUGGGCAUCUCCUACGACUCUGUGCCCCAAACCAACGUGCAUGUGGUCGGUCUGAGAACACUGCUUCACUGGCUCUGGUCCGUUUUGUGGAGACGACCAACAGGAAGUGUGAGGAUCCAAUUUGCUCAGCCCUUCUCUCUAAAGGAGAUGUUAGAUUCAGAUAGGUGCAGAGUAGACUGGCUCCCUCUACAGGACUUGUUGAUGCCUGCCAUCCUCAACAAUGGAACUGUGAGUGUAUUUGGACGGAGGAGGAUGUCAUGGUUCCUGCCUUCUCAUUAUGCAUCUGAUCCCAAUGAGCCAGAGGACCCAAGGAGAGACCUGAGUGUGGCUGUCAUCCUCCACCUCCUCUUCUUGGUAAAUUCCUACACGGCCGCCAUGUCAACCAGCCUGGUGUCCAGUGUUUUGCUCUACAAACAAAGAAAGGGCGUGAGUCUGUCUAUCCUGUGUGGCGAUGUGACUUGGCUCACUGAGGAAAUGUUGUUCCGGAACAGAGAUGUUGGUUUUGGGGGAAGUAUAGCGGAUGUUGUCCGCUAUUCCCUCUCUCUGCUCGCACCAUACAUCAUUGUAUUGAUGCCAUCCAGUAAGGACCCCUACAUUGUGCCCCGUCCCUCACUCCACGCCAUUCUUCACCUGAGUCUCCAAAGGCAGACUGUACUUCAGACCUUUAUAUCAGAAGUCGUUGGUGCGUGCGCAGUGUCUGCGAUGCUGUCCAAGGUUUCUGCCAGUGGCAUCAGCUACGUGGUCAGGGGUGGCAGGGCAGACGGAGCGGAGGUUAAAGGUGUCACAAGGUUUGAUGUGGUGCUGUGCCAGUCCGAGCUGAUUGAACAUGCCCUGCAGCUCUGCCAUCUCUUGUCUCCAGGCUUAUUGCCACCCUGUCAGUCAUCCAAGAGUUUUGCUUUGGAUGCCAUUCACAGCCUGGUUCGCUGUGGUAUCUUGAUCAUGGAGGAAGUUUCAAGGGGAGUUCCUGUUUGUGACUUCUGGAAGAAGAAAGAUCCUCUGAUCUGGGCUGGUGACCCUUGCCAAUGUGACUCUGACUGUGAAGUGUUGGACCCCCACUCCUACAAGAUAAGUCAGCCGAGCCAUUGUCCUGAUAUGCUCUUCUUCCUCUGCGGUUUGCUGGCUGGACAUCUGAGGGCGCUGUGCUGGACCACAGCGAGCCUGGAUCACAUUGAGUUCCCUCUGCCCGAAACAGUGUUUGUGGCACAGAUACACGCCUAUCUGUGUGACAUGGCACUCAAAGAAAAACAGCACUAUGAGAGCUGCUCAGUGGAAGCUGCACACACGGCACUCAGAACUCUAAUAGACCUGGGGGUCAUUUUGGAGGAGCGCAACGAGGACUACGUCUCCCUGAAUGUCAGUCCUUUGUUCCAGUCCUCAGGAAACAGGCAGAAGCUGCAGUACUUCAUCAAACAGUACCUCUAAAUGCUGAGUUAAACCCUGGACUCAGCAGCAUCCGUUUUCCAGUUUUGACUUGUUGUUUUUUUUCUGGUUCAGUCAGAGAAAUGCAUCAGUGUUCUGUAAUUUAAAAACAAAGAGACAAGCUGAGACGGGAGCUCUUGCCUCUUUGCUUUAAUUGCAUUUUGACAUUUUCAACAACGAAACAUUGGAUUUAAGGUUAUGUGUCAGUUCGGUGUGUUCUUGGUGUUCAUGAAAAUAUUCUUAUGUAGCAUCAUAAACCCAAUCUGACAGUUAGUUGAAUGUCCACAAAAAAUACAUAAAUCAAUAAAUAAAAUAAUUUGGGGUUAUUACAAAUGUGUUGAUUCCAUCUUUUCUAAGCUGCUCGUAUUUCUAAAC